AUGACUGGGUUGAUGUAUAGAUUGGGAAGGCAACAUUCCAGGUUUGAUUUUUCUUUCAAAUCUUUAACUUUUCUCUUUCUCUUUUGUUUUGUUUUAUUUUCCUCCCAGACAGUUCAAUUUGUUCAGGGAAUUUUCGUUGAAAAAUAUGACCCGACGAUAGAAGAUUCCUACAGAAAGCAAGUUGAAGUAGAUUGCCAACAGUGCAUGCUGGAAAUCCUGGAUACAGCAGGAACAGAGCAAUUUACAGCAAUGAGAGAUUUGUAUAUGAAGAAUGGCCAAGGGUUUGCACUAGUAUAUUCUAUUACAGCUCAGUCCACAUUUAAUGACUUACAGGACUUGAGGGAACAGAUUUUACGAGUUAAAGACACAGAAGAUGUCCCAAUGAUUUUGGUUGGCAAUAAAUGUGAUCUGGAAGAUGAGCGAGUAGUUGGCAAAGAACAGGGCCAGAAUUUAGCAAGACAGUGGUGUAACUGUGCCUUUUUAGAAUCUUCUGCAAAGUCAAAGAUCAAUGUUAAUGAGAUAUUUUAUGAUCUGGUCAGACAGAUAAAUAGGAAAACACCAGUGGAAAAGAAGAAGCCUAAAAAGAAAUCAUGUCUGCUGCUCUAGACCUGAAGCCAGCAGCAGCUCUGAGCCAGAUUACAGGAAUGAAGAACUGUUGCCUAAUUGGAAAGUGCCAGCAUUCCAGACUUCAAAAAACUAAAUCCGAAGAGGCUUCUCCUGUUUUAUAUAUUAUGUGAAGAAUUUAGAUCUUAUAUUGGUUUGCACAAGCUCCCUGGAGAAAAAAAAAUCACUCUGUGUAUAAAUCUCUUGGAAAAUAAGACAAUAGUAUUUCUCCUUUGCAAUAGCAGUUAUAACAGAUGUGAAAAUAAGUAUACUUGACUAAUACAAUUAUACAAAAGAGCAUGGAUGCAUUUCAAAUGUUAGAUAUUGCUACUAUAAUCAAAUGAUUUCAUAUUGACCUUUUUAUCAUGAUUCUUCCCUGUCAAGCACUAAAAAGUUGAACCAUUAUACUUUGUAUCUGUAAUGGUAUAGAUUAUAAAAUUUCCCCUCAAACUCAUUGCAGCAAAUAACUUUUUCAAGUCAUUGACUUCAUUUUAUAUUUAAAAAUUAUGAAAUAUCAUCUGUCAUAUUCUAAUUAAAAUUGUUUGUGCAUAAUGCUUUGGAAAAAUGGGUCUUUUAUAGGAAAAAACUGGGAUAACUGAUUUCUAUGGCUUUCAAAGCUAAAAUAUAUAAUAUACUAAACCAACUCUAAUAUUGCUUCUUGUGUUUUAUGUCAGAUUAAAUUACAGCUUUUAUGGAUGAUUAAAUUUUAGUACAUUUUCAUUUGGUUUCUGUGUUUUUGUUAUUGUUUAUAGAGUUAAAGCAUUUAUUUUAUAAUGACCACAUUGUUUAAAAUUCGACAGCAGCUCCUUUUCUGUCUGGAAUCUGCAGAACACUUGGCUUUAAACUACAUUAGGUGGUGAUCUCUCUCUUAAGAACAGACCUAGCACUUUCUGUUCUAGAUAUAUUUAUUCCUACUCUACACUCAAGUACAUCAGACAACAUGGAAUAGUUUUGUAUAUUCUCUCUGAUGUUAAAGAUUGUAUCUUAUUGAAUAAAAUACCCCACUGUGUAUUAUUUUUAUAUGUAAAAAAGAUAAGUUUAAUACUGUAUCAGGGUUUAACUUUUACUAUUUUUAAAUCUUCCACGGCUUGUAAUUUCAUUAAGGGAAUCCUUUUGCCAUGUUAACUUGUUGGGUAUGGCUCCACCAAUGAAGUAUUGUGUGAAAAAUUUUUAACUUGCUUUAUAACUAGAUUGCAGAACUUGAGAGAAGUGAGUGAAAGUUAGAAUACAUAAAAGGAAUGUAUUAGUUACUUUUGCUUCAACCGUAUAUGAAGUAGCAUAUUAAUAUAAAAAUGCUAAAUUAGAAUUUUAGUUGGCUAUAUAGUGGUGCUUUGCUUUUUCCUCCCAGUUAUAUGCAUUUUUACAAGAGAUAGAGCAUAAUUAGGUCAUGGACCCUGGGUGAUAAUCCAUUCUCCCUAAAGAGAGGUAGAACAAACAGCUUGUUAACCAGUUCAUUACUGGAGAAAGAAACAAGCAGGCUUAGGAAACCCCGUGCCUUGUCCCCGAAUAUCAAGGAGACCAGUCCUAGAAAGUCUAAAUCAUUGCUCAGGGAUCUAGCUACUGUCUUGUUGCAACUAGGCAUGAAGAUGUGUUCAGCCUUGCGGAAUUUUCCAGGAGUGUGGUCUGCCCAUAAGUUACUAAAUUAAAAUUUAAUGUCAGCAUUCAAAUGUAAGCUCUGAGAAGCUUGAAGAAAAUGUUAAAACUAUUGUUCAAUAAACUGGAAAUUGUA